ACUGUAGAGGAGCUUACAAAAACUCUGAAAGCUAUGAAGGAUGGAAAGGCAGCAGGGCCCUCGGGACUCACAAAUGAUAUUAUCAAAGCAUCUGGAACUGCAGGUAUCCAAACGUUACUACAACUUUGCCGUGAAAUCUGGAGAAAUUGCUCAAUGCCGACUGAAUGGAACUAUAGCAUGACAGUCCCGCUAUACAAAGGCAAAGGUUAUCCAUUAAACUGUUCAUCAUAUCGGGGUAUACGUCUGUUA